GUCAUUCCUUUGUGAAAAAAAGCAUAAAUAUCACUGUAAUCAGAACAUUAUUCAUAUAUAUCGGCAGAUUGAUUCUCUCUGCAUUUUGAUAUUGAAUAUUAGGUAUAAAGAAUUAUUAGGAUGUUAGGGAAAAUAUGUGUUCGUUUCUUGGCUUUUCUUGUUCUCUUGUUACAGCAUGGAUUGAUCUGCGAGUCUCAAGCGGACAUCGGCAAUUUUGUGAAAACAAAUGGAGUCUAUUUUAUGAAGAACGGUAAGACUAUGUACUUGAAUGGCUUCAACGCGUACUGGUUGAUGAUGAUGGCGAGUGACCCGUCGGCCAGGACCAAGGUCUCCACCACCUUUCAACAAGCAUCAAAGUAUGGCAUGAAUGUUGCCAGAACUUGGGCUUUCAACGAUGGUGGUUACAAUUCUCUUCAGUCUUCUCCCGGAGUGUACAACGAAAACAUGUUCAAGGGAUUGGACUUCGUGAUUGCAGAAGCUAAGAAAUAUGGGAUACAUUUGAUACUGGGUUUGGUGAAUAACUUCAAAGAUCUUGGUGGCAAAGCACAGUAUGUUCAGUGGGCAAAGGAACAUGGACAGCAAGUGACAGACGAAAAUGAUUUUUACAUAAACGCACUUGUCAAACAGUACUACAAGAACCAUAUCAAGACUGUGCUCACAAGAAUAAACACAAUAGCUAGGGUGGCAUAUAAAGAUGAUCCAACCAUCUUUGCUUGGGAGCUCAUUAAUGAACCCCGCUGCACCACUGACUCCUCCGGAAAGCAAAUUCAGAGCUGGGUGGAAGAAAUAGCGGCAUACUUGAAGUCCAUUGAUCAAAACCAUCUGCUGGAUAUAGGGUUAGAAGGAUUUUAUGGAAAUUCAGUACCUUCAAGGAAGCAGUACAAUCCCAAUACAGCUAUUGUUGGUACUGACUUCAUUUCCAACAAUCUAGUCAAACACAUCGAUUUCGCCACUAUUCACAUUUAUCCUGAAGGAUGGUUACCAUAUCCAACUGAGGCAGCCCAAGCUGCUUUUGUGGAUAAGUGGAUCCAGUCCCAUAUCCAAGACAGUACCUCUGUGCUUAAGAAACCACUGGUGAUAGGGGAGUUUGGAAAAUCUUGGAAGUUCCCUGGAUACACAUUGCAGAAGAGGGAUGCCUAUUAUGGGAAGGUGUACAAUGCAAUAUAUACAAGUUCUAAAAGUGGGGGCCCAUUGGUUGGUGGGCUUUUUUGGCAACUCCUGGCCCAAGGAAUGGAAAGCUGGGGUGAUGGCUAUCAAGUUGUCUUGCAAAAAAGCCCUACAACUGCAGGUGUCAUUGGCCUUCAAUCUCGCCGGCUAUGGUCUUUAUCGCACUAAAGAAAAUCAAAAGACACUGUUAUUUAGUGUCGAUGAGCACUAUAUACAUCCCAUUUUUAAUUAAGUACACUCCGAUGAUGAGGUUUCUUAGAAUAACAUCAGGAUUGAUAUACAAUAGUUGUUACUCUUUUUUCUUUUUUCAAUUUUUUCAGUAAGGAAAGAAAUGAGCCUGCAGAUCAUGCUCAUCUCUUACAAUGGAAAUGAAAAUCCAUCCAGUGGGUAAACAAACUUUGUGCAGUAAGGAAAGAAAUGAGCCUGCAGAUCAUCCUCAUCAUGGCGUUUAGGAAGGGAAGUGAAUUUGUAUUCCUCUUUUUCCAGAUCAAAAGAAAGUAACUUCUCCCCAUGAAUAUUAUGUGCGGAUGAAUAAGAAGUGGUAGUGACUAUUCUCCAGUGUAUGUCUCCAUGAGCAGGCACAGCUUGUGCAUCUGGAAUAACAGGAGGUAUAGCUGCGAUUUUUCGCCAAGUGAUACUGCCUAAGGUCUAGAUUUUAGUCACCACGCUAUUUGAGAUGGACUUGUAAUCACCCCAGCCUUCUACAUUGUACAUAUGAACAAUCUUGUACUCAUUUGUUGCAAUAUCAAACCCCAGACAAAAGGUGUUUAUGACGACCUCAUCUCUCCAAUAAUCAUCAGGCCCAGGGGAUCCCCGUCGUUCUGACGGAGCAGGUGGCAGUAUUAACGCUUCUUCUCUGAGAGGAUUGUAAAGAAAAACUCUCUCUUUACAACUUUUGCUUCCAAAUAAAAACAACCCAUAACCAA